AACACUUCCGUGUCAGCUUUCGUCUCUUCCUGUGUGUAAGUUCAGUUCUCCGCGAGACCGCUACUGUUGUGGGUAACUGAAAUCAACAUGUUAUUAAACAGUAACCAGCUUAAAUUUUGUUCGCUGGCAUUCACCGCGGCGCGUAUGUACACCAACGGAGCUCAAACCAACAACAACCCGAUGGUGUUCUUCGACAUCGCGGCGGAUAACGAGCCGCUCGGUAGAAUCACCAUCGAGCUGAACGCAGACGUUGUGCCCAAAACAGCAGAGAAUUUCAGAGCGCUUUGUACAGGUGAACAUGAAUUUGGAUACAAAGGCUCCAUCUUCCACAGAGUGAUUCCACAGUUCAUGUGUCAGGGAGGAGAUUUUACAAACCACAAUGGAACUGGAGGAAAAUCCAUCUACGGACCGAGAUUUCCUGAUGAGAACUUUAAACUGAAACACACAGGACCAGGCGUUCUGUCUAUGGCUAACGCUGGACCCAACACAAAUGGAUCCCAGUUCUUCAUAUGCACCGCUAAAACAGAGUGGUUGGAUGGACGGCACGUGGUGUUCGGCAGCAUUAAAGGAGGGAUGGAUGUGGUGAAGAAGGUUGAAGCGUUGGGUUCUCAAUCUGGCAGAACCGCCAAGAGAAUCAGCAUCACAGACUGCGGAGAACUCAAGUAGAGCGUCGAGAGAACGAGUCGAGUUUCUACUGUCCCGCUGAAGAUUUACAGACUAACGAGUGUUCGAAAGGGCCAAAAGCUCCAUAAUGUGAAAUUUAGACACUUUUGGGUUAAAGGGAAAAGUGCACACAAAAAUGAACAUUAUUUACUCACCCUCAUGUCGUUCCAAACCCGCGUGCUUUUAUUGUUUAAGGACAACACAGAAAAGGAUUAUGUAAUUAAGGAUUUUCGAUUCUAAGUAUUCGCGACAGCUUUGUUUCAGAAGUACGCUUUUGUGUUGCACGAGGUUUCCAACGACGUUAGGGUGAGUAAAUAACAACUGACUUCUCAUUCACAGAUCCCCUGCAAUAAUUUGUGUGUUGGGGGUUAAAUCGCGUUUACUCUGGACUGAGAACUUGACGCCUCUGUCGUUCUCAUUAUGUGUUACGAUGAGCAGAGAGGUUCUGUAUUCAUCACACGAGUUUAAAGUAUUAAAACCAAGAGCAAUAAGCAAUGCUGUCUUAGUAGUUUAUUUACAAUCUAACCGUCCCGGAGCAGAGCAUAGAACA